UCGGACUGUUGAGAAGAAAUAAAAUAAUAUUAAGAAGAAGAAAUUAUUGAAGAGCAUUUUAUUUGAUAUUGUGGGACGCGCGACUACGCCAUCUCCUCGCACUCGGUGCCGCUUGUGCUCUCUCGACAGUGUUUCUCCAGUAGUGCACGUUGACCCGGCGCAAACGCCGGGCUUCGUACCACCCGAAGGACUACGACCACGAAGACGACUUAGGAUCUAGCUAAAGUGCCGUUAAAAGUGUCUUAGCAGCUCGUACGGAGUAAGUGAGUGAGUGAGUUAGGAAGAUACUGGUGUUACGUUUCCUGUGUUACGCCCAUCUUUUCUAUCACCCGGACGAGGACCAAAACUAAACACUAAUUCUUCGUCUACUUCCGUUAUCCUCAAGGACGAUUAUCGCGACGUGCACCAGCUAGUGAAUGCAUUUUUCACUUGGAAAACAAGGCUUGGAGUUUUAAAAACUGGCAGCGUAGCUAAAGAAUAAUAACGAAUUGAUAAAUGGAAUUGAGAAUAGUAACGUGAAGAAGAAAAGAGGGAUAACUAAGCGGCAAUAGGAAGAUAAUAAAAAAAUAACAAAAAAAGUUUAGCUGCGCGCGCACUUAACAUGCGUGUGUCUAUCACUUGACAUUCAACAUUCAUCAAACCCAGACUUGGCUUAUUACAAUAUACAGCUAUACUUCUUGAAGCUAAUGAAGAAAUAAAUAAUUUUUCUUAUGCAAAAAAAAAAAAAAACAAAAAAAUAAAUAAGAGUAAUAAUAGUAAAAAGUGAGAAUGCUGUAGAGGGAGCUGUUUAGCUCUGGAAGUCAUCUGUAACAGUAGAGAUGCACAUUAAGUUGGUGUAGUUGUGUGGCGAUGACGGCAACUCCUUCUCGUUCAUCAGCGAGGAAGUGCGAGGCGGAGAAGGAAGAAACGGAAAAGGAACCCGGUACCGAUCUCCAGGAUUGCCAGCAGGAGCCGAGCUGGAAAAACUCGGUCGGGAGAUGCUCCUCGAAGGCGAGCGACCUAGCCCAAGUCACGAGAUAUUUAACAAUCCUAUUGGCGGACGAGGACAAGAGGUGCAACAACACAAACGACCAACAAGUAAACAAGCUGUUUAAUUUAUCUGUGCAAGUGUGUAAAUCAACGUGAGAAAUAUUUAAGUGCUAAAGUUUAAUAAUAUUAAGGAUAUAAUAAUAAAUAUAUAAUAAUAAUAAAUAAUUUGUGACGUGAUAUUAACAAGUUUAAAAUUAAAUAAAAAAAAAAAAAUUAGUGUACAGCGACGAGGAUAUUUGUGAAUACUUGUGGGCUGAGUAGUGCGGCUUACCAUUAAUAGUAAUAUUAAUAAAAAUAAUAAUAAUAAUUAUUAUUAUUAUUUAAAAAAAAAUCUAAAUCGUUUGGUUUUGUUAUUGUUAUUGAACACGCGUUCUUAAGUUUGUGAAUAAUCGGCUGGAUGCACGGGCGCGUGUAUUCGAGCGUUACUUUACCAAGUGCGGCCUUGUGCGCGUUCAGUGUCAUCGCUGCAGCAGCAGCAGCAGCCGCGUCCUCGUGACUUGAGACCACUCAAACAAGGAUAUUAUCAUUUUUUCUGCAAAGGGUGAUGUCAUUACUGGUUGACAAGCGUGUGCAUUACAAUUCUGAUUACGGGUACAGAUAAUUACUAACUAAAGACUUCUUAUGACCAAAGAUUUUGAUCUAAUCCGGAAACACCGGGUUCCUGGACAGAUGCGAUCACAUAAUGCGCCAGGGGUGAUGGAGACAGUGGGCAAGCAAGUCCAGGUAGUGAGUGGACUAGGGGUGGGAGGUCCAGUUGGCGGAGAUUUGCACCAUCAUCACCACCCCCAUCCUCACGGGGGUCAUGGACAUUCUUUAGUCGGCGGCUCGGCAACCCCGACGAGAAUUCAGGCUCAAAGUCACCAGGGCCAGCCGCCUCCGCCUUCUCACAACCAGCAUUUACCUGCGAGAUCAACUCCCGUGCAGCUCCACCGGCCUACCCAGAAUUACAUAAACAUCAAGAGCAGCAGUCCGGUGUCACCCCGAACAGUAGGCGGCGGUUACGGCGGCCAGGGUGCACCAAGCACACCAUCGUCUGGAGGGGCAGUGGGUCCACCCGGGAGCGGAAGUGUUUCUGGCGUAACAGGGGUAGUCACUGGUUCUGCCGGCAGUAAUUACGUCACCGUGCCAGUGCCCAGUACUCUUCGCUAUGUACACUCUUAUCCGCCUCCACCACCGCCACCGGCACCGUCCGCUCCUGUCAAUCAGACGCCACCUCCACCGGGAGCCGCGGCUUACACCAGAGAUCCCUAUAGAAAUACUACCCCCAAUGCAUCUGAGAGGGUGGCAAUAAGCGUGGGCAGCAGUCCGGUGUCCCAGGUUGGGGGUGUCGGAGGGAAUGAAUACGCCCUCAAUAGUCGGGGCGACCGUCCACGAAUAUCUCUGCUUCCACCUGCCUCGGGAGCCCCGACGACUCAGCUGACUAUCGGCCCUGAGUACAUGAUCAGCCCGAGGAAUAACAACCCGAGAAAUUUGAUGCCCAUGCAGCAGACACCUGACCAGUACACCAGCAAGGCCAUUGAAAUGGCGACACUUCAGGAUGCUCCACCUUUUAAAAAAAUUAGACUAGGCCAGCCUCAGUCCCAGCUUAUGGCUCAGACUAUUCCUGCUGCUGAUCCUUGCACCAAGCAAGAACAUGUCCAGCUUCCUCAACCGCUCAGGAUAGACAUUCGGGAGCAGCCUUCGGCAGGAGCGUACACCCCUCAAACGGAAGCGAUAUCACCGACGUUACCGGAGCCAAGUAAUCAAGAGGAUGCCCAGUUUCGAAGCACCAAGGAUGAUUUACUGCAGCAGAUUGCUAAAGUCGAUCGUGAGAUUUCGAAAAGGGAAAUUCAAAUCGGGAAGCUAAGGAGGAAGCUGGUUGAGCUUGAAGAAGCUGCUAGUAAACCUUUGGAUAGCAGUGGCCUUAAACGGCCGGUUGAGGAACAGUCUCAACCGAAACAUCAGUCAUUAGCGCAAAAAAUUUAUGCUGAAAAUAGAAAAAAGGCGGAAGAAGCGCAUCGACUGCUAGAUAAAUUAGGACCUGAAGUAAGACUGCCGCUGUAUAAUCAGCCCUCGGAUACCAAGAUCUACCAAGACAACAAAACCAAGCACCAGUCGUGUAUGAAAGCUCGACUGGUAGCGAGGCUACGAAAAGAGCACAGUGAACGAGCGGCUCUCCAGUUCCAGCAAUCCCAAACUUACGCGGUUCUCGUUCAAGAGUGGCACCGUAAGAUCGACAGGUUGGAGGCCGCGCAGAAGAGGAAGUCCAAGGAGACCAAGAACCGCGAGUUCUUCGAAAAGGUAUUCCCGGAGCUCCGAAAACAGAGAGAAGAUAAAGAACGGUUCAACAGGGUUGGUGCGAGAAUUAAGAGUGAAGCUGAUCUCGAAGAAAUAAUGGACGGUCUUCAGGAGCAAGAGGAAGAAGUAUCAGCCGAGUUAAAAAAUGCCAUUAUUGCCCGUCAGAUGGAGGAUAAGAAGAUGCGCUCGUAUGCUGUUAUUCCGCCUUUACUCCUGGACAAAAAGCAACGAAGAAUAGCUUUUCAAAAUCGUAAUGGGCUGCUACAGCCGGAAGAACUUGAGGCACUUCACAGCGAACGGAAGCUAAUAAACGUCUGGAGUCCUGAAGAGCAUGAACUCUUUAAAGAAAAAUAUCUUCAACAUCCCAAGAACUUUGGAGCGAUAGCUCAAUCUCUUGAACAUAAAUCUGUUGCAGACUGUGUGCAUCAUUACUACCUCACUAAAAAAGCUGAAAACUAUAAACAGUUGUUAAGGAAAUCGCGACAGCGGACACGUAGUUCGAGAAAUAAUCCUAACAAUAAGGUUAACAAUAGUAAUUCUAGCAUUGGCGCGAUAGAUAUAUUAACGACAGGUGUAACGACAAGACUGCAGCGUGAGCAGCAACAGAAAACCCAAGAAAAUCCUCAGAACGCAGCGUCGACGUCGACAACAACUUCGACGACAUCAACAACGACAACGACUACCUCUUCUAGUUCCUCGUCGACAAGUACUGCGACAAGUACAACGUCAGCUUCGACGACUGUGAGUUCGUCUCUCCCGACGACAACGAGCUCCACCAGCAGUAGCAGCAGCACCACUACCAGCAAUACUGGCACCACCUCCUCGACGAGUGAUCCCUCAGUCGUCACCACGAGUGUUACGUCCGUCCAGAGUUCCACGACCUCGACAACAAGUGUACUGACGACGAGCUCGUCGACGUCUAGCGCUAAAGAUGCAAGAGAAGCGAAUAAAGAAAAUAAAAACGACACCAAGGAUUCUGUCUCCAAGGAUGCUAAAAAGGAAGUUAGAGAGGAACCUGCUGACGUUACUCCGACCAAGGAUUCUAAAUUAACAUCUGAGAACACAAGUGGAUUUACAUCAUCAACCGGAACUGGUAGUGAAGCGGUAAUGCAAACACCGGAGCCUAAGGACAAAAAGAAGUCUGCGAGUACAACAGCAAGUAACGCGAGUGCAAGUGCAAACAGAUCUAAAGAAAAAAAGAAAGAGAACAACCACGCGACACCAAUGGAGACUAGUGACGAGGAGGCUCAAAACAUCGAGUCUAUCGAAGGUGGAAGACAAUUGGGUCCACAUACAUGUGUGAUAUGUAAAUCCAUGGUAGAAGGAGGAAAUCAAAGUCGUGCAUUAUCUCGAAGUCAUGCGUCCCAAUACGGAUUGCGUGAAGAUCAAGUCCAGCCAGGAUCUCGAGUUUGCAAUACCUGCAGAUGUAAAGCCGUGAGAGGUCGAUACACUGCUUGUCCGCUUCCAGGGUGUCCGAAUGUCAAUAACUCGAGCGCGAAAACGCGAGUGAAGCGACUGCGUGCUUUGCCGUCCAAGUGGAUGGAAUUGCCCGCAGAAGUCUGGGAGCCUGUUGUCCAGGAGUUCCAGAUCCCGAACAACGCUACCAAGUGCUGUUCGGCGUGCUUCAACAGGAUAUCUCGUCGACUGGCGCCUUACUUGACCGCUGGAGCAGACGCCUCUGAGGACAGCUCGGAAUCCUCAACUCGGCAGCAAUGGACUGAGGAAGAACUUAAGCUGCUGAAACGCGCGCUUAAAGAACACGCGACGAAUUGGCAGAAAGUUGCUGAGAUGAUUCCCGGCAAGUCGAAUCAUCAGUGUAAGACUUAUUAUCUCACGUAUCGCAAGAAGCUAGGGCUUGAUCAAAUCGUCACGGAGUACUAUGAGGCUAGGGGAGAAGAUUUUAGGAGGCCUUUUUUAACGGAUGAAGAAGAAAGCGGUAGUAGUACAAGUAGCUGCGAUGAAUUGGCUGUGCAUGAUUCUAGUGACACUGCAAGCGCAGGUAGUCCUGCGAACAUAAUAUCCAGCAGUACGGCUCCGACAUUAGUGGCAUCAUCGAGUUCGACAAAACAAAAAAUGAUGUUCCCCGAAAAUACAGCAGACAUUAGAAUUUCGCUAGUCCCACCAGUAGCAGCAGCUUCGUCUUCGCAGCAACCAACGACUGGAGGUGGACCAGGUCAGCCAGCAGUAAACAGCCGCGAGGACUACGACAGUUCUGCUACGGAGACGGCGGACGAAGGUCAAGGUAACGCUGAGCUUGAAAGUACGGGUGGUGUUACGGUGACGCAGUCUUCAACGGCCAACACCAGUACGUUAAUACAAUCCCAGCAGCCCCAACAGACUCAAAAGCCUCAGCCUCCACCACCACCUCCGCCACCUGGCCACUCACCACCGACAACAGCCAGCAGUACAAAUCCUCUUACUGUAAAAGAUCUAAUGCUUGGAGUGAUAGAGAUGCAGCUUAAACGCAAUAACGUCAGUCCAGCUGGUCCUCCAGGUUCGACAUCUAGCUCUGGCUCUCCCUCGAUGUCAAACAUCCUCAAGGCUGAUCAUAGGAAUGACAUUACUUUUGUUCGCGAGUUCAAACCUGCCUCCAGCAUACCCUCUACUGCCAUUUCCAAUAGAGAUUCUAAUUUAGCGACUCUUUCUGUUGUUUCCUGCCAUCGUUCAGCUCCAAGCCCUCAACAAAUUGGUCAAAUGCAAGCAACAAUAACCCCUUGUCCACCGCCAGUCCAGAGCACCCAACCUCAAUCAUCGGACAUGCUUCCCAAGGAAGGUCUGGUAGUAAUGCAAGUCCAACAAGCUUUACGAGAAACCGAAGGCACCCUAGACUUGAGUAUAAAAAAGCCGCGUCAGCAGCCACCACCCCCUCAAGACUACAACCACACUCACCCGGCUCACAAGCCCCCAGUAUCCUUAUACCGCCCGGAACCAUCUCCAGGCUACUACCACCACCCCCACUCAGAGCAAGGCCGUGGGGCCAAGAGCCCCUUAAUCUACGCAUCAUCUCCCCGGCCGCAGGCUCCAAUCACCCCGAAGAUGAACAAAGUCCCCGCGACGCCUCCUCACCCGAAACUAUCUCCCAAACUAAGCACCAUCGGUCCAGCUCACAAGGGCGGCUCAAUCACCCACGGAACCCCCGUUCCCAGCGCUCGGUACGAAGGACUCCUCCGCCAAAUGACUCCUCCAGGAAACUCCGGGUCCUCCGGUUCCUCCGGAGGAAACUCCGCGCCAAAAGAGUCUGGCUCUAUAACCCAGGGUACUCCUGUCCACCCGUUCACAGUUUCUCUGGACAAGCGUAACCCAAUGUACGACUACCACCGGCCAGUGCGUCACUCUCCAGCCACAACAAACGUUCCAUGUCAGACUCAAGGUGUCGUUGUCACCCAUAGCAAUCAGUACAACUCUUACCCUUCAAGACCGCCUCCUAGUUACACCAUGGAGCAGCAGUUGUCUUCCCGACAGAUAAUAAUGAACGACUACAUCACCAGCCAGCAAAUGCACCAGCGAGGUCGGACCAGCAGCAGCGAGACUCCUGGAAAAAGCGAGCCACCUCCUUCAUCUGGGCUUUACUACACCAGUACUCCACCACCUCCCCAGUCACACACUCAACCUCGCCAAGGAGUGAUCCAGCGACACAAUCCGCAGAAGCAGAUUCACUAUCAGCCUCCACCAGCUGGUCUGGAAGCUUUUUCAAGCCUGGUAGAUGUCGCGGUUCAGCAGCCAAGCCUGCCUGUUCCUCAUCCGCACGCUCCGCACUCUUCUUCAAGCAGCAGUGGACACGAAGGACUGGGGAAGACAAUGGCUGAUAGGUUAAUGGCGGACAGGUAUGUGGACAACAACAGAGCUUAUCGAGAACAGGAGAUCCGGCUCCAGGAGCAGCAUCGCUUCGCGAUGCAGCAUGCUGAAAGAAUUCAUCUCCAGCAGCAGCAGCAGCAACAGCAGCAGCAGCGGGAACGAGAAAGAGAAAGAGACCUUGCGCACAUUCGUGAAAAAGAGGAACAGCAGCAGCGGCUGCAUCGGGAGAAAGAGAUGCAACAGAUGGAGCAGCGGAUGGUUGCUCAGCAUCAGCGAGAGAAAGACUUGAUGCAGGAGCAGCACAGAUUUUCUCAGCAAAGAGAGAAGGAGAUGCAGCAUGAGCACAUGAUGGCGCAGAGGGAAAAGGAACUUAGAGAAGGGGAACACAGGAUUGCGCAUGCGCAAAGGGAGAAGGAGAUUCAACACCAGAUGGCGGCUCAGAGGGAGAAGGAACAUCAGGAACAUCGCAUGGCGCAGCAGAGGGAGAAGGAAAUUCAACAGCAGAUGGCGCAGCGGGAGAAGGAGAUUAGGGAUAAGCAGCAGGAACAUCGCUUGGCGGUCCAGAGGGAACGGGAUUUAGCGCAUAUGCAUCAGCAGCAGAUGCAGCAGCAGCAACAACAACAACAACAACAACAACAACAACAGCAACAACAACAGCAACAGCAACAGCAACAACAACAACAGCAACAACAGCAACAACAACAACAGCAGCAACAGAUGCAGCAGCAACAGCAACAGCAGCAGCAGAUCCAGCAGCGGUAUUUGGGAAGGAUUGAAGCGGAUAGGCAUCGGCAUAUGGCGCAGAUUCGCAUUGAUCAUUUUAGACAGGAUCAGAUUGAGAGGGAUAAUUCGAGGAUUAUGGGAACUGGGUUCCCUCCGGCUUCUAGAGCACAGCCGCCUCCGCCGCAGCCGCAGCCGCAGCCGCAGCCUCAGCCUCCGCCGCAGCAACCUUCUUCUACGAGGGCGCUUGUUUCUGGUAGUAAUUCUGCGGCUAAUUCGCAGCAGGGGGAAGGAUCUUCCACGCUCACUGCUGCUAGUCUUAUUGAUGCUAUUAUUACUCAUCAGAUCAAUCAGAGUUUUAAGACUACUGGGGGAGCCACUGCGGCGAUUAAUCCAUCUACUAGACCUGGGGAUAGACUUUUCCAGAGUUUUCAUCGAGAUAAUCCGCCGGAACCUAAUGGUGUGGCUCAUAGUCCUGCUGGUGAAGCUGCUGCUGGUAAUAGUGCCGCGCAAAUUGAACCAACUCAGGAUGUUAAAGCUAUUACUAUUGGAGAUCAUGUUGAUCAUAUUGUUACGAAGGAAUAUGCACCGCCUCAUGGGUCUUAUAGAUCGUAUCCUGGAUACACAAUAUCCGACGACCAAUGGAAGCGCCGUGAAAACGAACCAGAGUCAGCAAAGUCAAGCGACGAGCGUCAAAUAAUCCGAGUAUCUCAAUCGCAGCAGCAGAGCUCGACCCCGCAGCAAUCGCAGCAACCACUUCCAUCUGGUAAACAAUUCCAUCCGGUAGAACCAGUGUCACCUCCCGAGGCAACGACUAACCAUUAUACAGCGAGACGCUACUACGAAUCAACCACUGCCACAACAACUUCUGGGACUCCCUCGAAGCCCCAUCUCUCGCCUCUCGACUACGUAAAGAACAAGAUAGUCGAAGUAAUGCGGACUUCUGAGGAUGACAAGCCGGGGUCUGACCGCUCCAGCGGCAACGGGAACGUCGACAAGGACGACAAGCCAGCCGAAAGUCCAUCUACCGGUGAAAUGGUGAUCGAUGAGAGUCCUAGUCAGCCUACUCAGCCACCACCACCAACAUCUACCACCUUCUAUCCCUACAACGCUCUAGGUGUCCAAGUUCACACCGGGAUGCCUCAACCACCACCUCCAUCUGCCACAUCGUCUGCCAACGUCUCCAAGUCCGAACACAUGCAAGGAGAAUUCGUACCUCUGAUGUCCGACAAGUAUGAACCACUCUCCGACGAGGACUGAUGGGAUUCCAAUAAAAAUCUGUCCAAAAAUGAUAAUGAAAAGCUUUUGGUUCUCGUCAAUGUUAAUUAAGACCCUCGACAUUAAAAUAUUUUGCUUUUGUACUCAAAAUACGCUUCUUUUUGCUAUAAUCUAUCUUUUUAUUUUAAUAUUAUUUUUUUUCUGUCUGUCUAUUAUUUUUUUUUUUUUUACUCACUGAAUAAUAUUGGCAACAAAUUUAUGUGAUAACUUUACAAGUUAAUUACAUAUGUGAAUAUAUUUUGAAAAAACAUUUUUACAAAAAUGAUUCAAGCUUAUAGGCACAUUUUUAGACAGUAUUUUUUUAUAAUAUUAUUGAUUAAUAUUAUUAAU